GAAUGCCUCUGAUUGGCCAAGAGUAAAAUGGGAGGGGCGCAUUACUCAAGCUGAUGCUCUGGAGAAACUUUUGUGUCCCGAAAGUAUAACAGACAGUCUCACUUUCCAGCACAAAGACACAGUCCAGUGGACAGCACAAUCCAUCAGCUGCAGCAGAGACCUGAAACACCGCCAACAUGUCCAGCAAGCGAGCCAAGGGAAAGACCACUAAGAAGAGGCCACAGAGAGCCACUUCAAAUGUGUUUGCCAUGUUUGACCAGUCACAGAUUCAGGAGUUCAAGGAGGCUUUCAACAUGAUCGACCAGAACCGAGACGGAUUCAUCGAUAAAGAGGAUCUCCAUGACAUGCUGGCCUCUUUGGGUAAGAACCCGUCUGAUGAUUACCUGGAGGGGAUGAUGAGUGAAGCUCCAGGGCCCAUCAACUUCACCAUGUUCCUCACCAUGUUUGGAGAACGGCUCAACGGAACCGACCCGGAGGACGUCAUCAGGAACGCUUUCGCCUGCUUCGAUGAGGAAGGAUCCGGUUUCAUUCAUGAAGACCACCUGCGAGAGCUGCUGACCACCAUGGGAGAUCGUUUCACAGAUGAAGAGGUGGACGAGCUCUUCAGAGAGGCUCCCAUUGACAAAAAGGGCAACUUCAACUACGGCGAAUUCACCCGAAUUCUCAAACACGGAGCCAAAGACAAAGACGACAUGUAGACGAUCAGAGAGCACCAGCCGCAGCUGCACAUUAGCUUCUAUAAAUGAAGAAAAACAGCAUUUCAUGUCAAAUAUUUGAUCUAUAAAAGAAGUAUUUUUCUCUAAAUACAUUUUAUAAGACCAGAUUACACUGCUAACAAUCUGUGCAAUGUUUAUUGUGUGUUUUUAUAGGGGUGUGUAGUAUGUUUAGAAGGUUAAAGUAAUGUACUCUUCAGCUACGGCUGGACGUCUUGAGCUCUCUCAAUCUGUGCAACUCAGAAAUGAAACGAUUACAUUGGAAAUGCCAUAACCUUGUAGAAAAGUCACUUUUACAUGUGCAUUUAUAAGAAUUAUCAGUAUCUUUCUCUCACUGAGCGAUAUUAUCAGAUAUCAAAAACAUCUGAAGUCAUAAGAAGUCUUUAACGGAAGUAAAACUAUUUCUGAAGCUCAUCUCCAUUUUUCAAGCUGCACACGCGCCUGAAAACUCUUUGAAGCAAACUUUGGGAUAUUGUGAUUUUUCAGUGGUACUGCAACUUGUAUUUUCCAUCAAACCCUGUGAACAUCUGGCUUAUACAACAUGUAUUUACAUGCGGCAGCUCUCAGACACGAAGUCAUCAAUCAUAUGAAUGUGACGCAUUUUAUACUGAAAUAAAGACAGUCUCAAGUGAA